AUGGCAGCUUCAGAAGAAGAGCAUGUAAUACACACAGUCAAACUCUCGACGGAUGACAAGCUUGUUUGGGUUCCUCUUUCGCUGACUCUAGUUGAAUAUCCACAAGGUGAUUGGCUGGGUAAAUUUUUAGCCCUUUCAAGUCUUCUACCAUUUGGAAUCAUAUCUGGUUUUGUUGCUCUCAUUCUCUUCAGGAGAGAUUUGCACACGAUAACAUUCUUCUUUGGCACUACACUGAAUGAACUCCUGAACCUCAUCUUAAAGCACACAUUUUGUGAAGCUAGACCUAUGCAGAGGAAUGCACUUUAUACGGAAUAUGGAAUGCCGUCGUCACAUUCACAGUUUAUGUGGUUCUUUGCUACUUACAUAGUAUACUUCGUGUGUAUAAGAUUACACCAUAUGAAUAAUAGUACUCUACUGGAAAAUAUCUGGAAGACAGCAAUAAUUAUUUCUAGUCUGUUUCUGGCAGCUCUCGUUACAGUCAGCAGAGUAUACCUGCAGUACCAUACUUGGAAACAGGUGCUAAGUGGUGCUUUAGUUGGUUUCUUGUUUGGAUCUCUCUGGUUUGCACUCACAUACUUGAUAUUCACUCCUAUGUUUCCACUUGUUGCUUCAUGGAGAAUAUCGGAAUUUUUGCUUCUGCGAGACACAACACUGAUACCAAACGUACUUUGGUUUGAAUACAAAAACAGCAGGCAGGAGGCAAGGGCAAGGAGCAGGAAGCUGGUAUCCAUGAAGUCACAAUGACAGCUGCUAGGCAUAGGAGGCAGCGGCUUGCACCAUGGUGGCUUACUAAGUAGCCUCAUUCACUUCUAUUGGUUACGGAAAAGAUAAUGUGGACGGUGCAAGUAAGUAUGUGUUACAAAGUUCAUUCUCCUGGACACCAGAUACUUCAAUAUGCUGUUGUUAUAUUACAGACAUGGAUGAAAUUGAUAGACAGAGCAGAUCAUCAUGAACAGUGCAGCCUGAAGCAGCAGCUCCAUAGCUUUUAUAAGUAAUAAUAUUAAUUUAUUGCGUUAAAAUAGACUGUAUUUGUGAUUGUUGACAGAUGCCAGUCAUCAGUAAUAACAUUAUUUUAGAACUAAUAUCUGCCCUUUACAUGUAAGAUGGUGUCUUUAAUGUGUCUUGCCCACAGUGUGUUUACCACAAAUUUACCAGAGAUUUUUACGAAGUAUAAGGUUUAUCCAACCUGUAUUGAACUAACUGCAUUUUUUGGCUCUGAGCACUAUGGGACUUAACUUCUGAGGUCAUCAGUCUAACUGCAUUUUUUGUUGUAACACUCUUACAAGUGACAAUGUACAAAACUUUACACAAGUAUGUUCCUUUAGCCAUGUUGCUGUAUAAAUUAUUGUUGGCCAUAACUCUUUCUGUGAUGAUUUCUACUGUGCAUUGGUGCAUUGAGUUUGUAAUAUUGUCCUUUUUUUUCUUUUAAAUUGGAGUGAUGUAUUACAAGUUUUGAAUGGUACAUAUUUUUAUACGUGAGAGUGGGACAAUAUAACCAUCUGUAGCAUUGUCAAAAAAUGUACAAAGUAAUGAAUAGUGUGUCUAAUUUCAAAUUCAGAACACUUCCAUGUAAUAAAAAUGUGAUCAUGGCAGCUUUUAUGAAUGACUGAAUUUUUGUAGUUUAUUUUUGUGUUUAAAUUUUCCUUUUUUUUAGUGAACAACAUGAUUAUAUUUACCAUGCAGUGAAACCAAGAUUUGUAGACUCCAUGUUUAUGUUUUCCCAUAAAGUUACAGUCUCUAUCUCCAAAUAGUUUACAUUUAGGUUUAAUUUUUUGUGUUUAGUAUACAUUAGCUUCAAUUUUUAAUAAUUUUUUUUCUAUGUGAACAAUGACUUUUUUACUAAACUACAGUGAUUUUUUUUGUAGAUAUA